AUGAAUGAAACGCAAAAAGACAACUUGAACCCGCUGGUUCAUCAGCGAAUAACGCCCCGCACAAGGAUAAAGCAACCUGCAGAACUUGAUAACGAUGUUCGGGAUCCGUUUGAUCGCCGAGAAAUAUUCGAUUUAAUCCGGGAUAUUAAUGAUCCUGAACAUCCGUUGACUUUAGAGGACUUAAGAGUGGUUAGCGAAAACGACAUUGAAGUUGAUGAUGAAAAAAGUUUCAUAAAAGUUUCGUUCACACCUACUAUUCCUCACUGCAGUAUGGCCACUCUAAUUGGUCUUGCAAUCCGAGUUCGAUUGCUGAGAUCUCUUCCACCUCGGUUCAAGGUGGAAGUUGAAAUUUCCCCUGGUUCCCACCAAUCAGAGAAGGCAGUGAACAAACAGCUUGGUGAUAAGGAAAGGGUUGCUGCUGCUCUGGAAAACAAUCACUUGCUUAACGUUGUGAAUCAGUGUCUAACAAUCAAAGGAAACUCAUAUGAGACAACUGUUUAA